AUGGGUGUCAUGCGUCUACCUCGCCCAACAGGCGUUUAUGUGCCUGCCAGAAGUCUCAGUCCUGAAAUCAUCUCGUCCCCUCUCUCUCCUAGUUUCAACUUCGACUCGGAGACCCUCACUCCCUCAAUCAUCCCUGCUCUCGAGUAUAUCUCCGCCAAGCUGGAGCAGAAGAUGAUGCACGUUACCCUUCUGGUCGGUCGGGGCAAACCCUACCCAACCGGACAGCCCUCAGACCUCAUCAUCAUCCCCAUCACCCAACUAGAUUCCAUCACCCGGCCAAUCGUCUACCGCACCGUCGCCAAGGGCGCCAGCAAGUUCUCGCUGGGCCAGAGCUGGAUCGACGCUCUCAACCGGAGUCAGUACGAAAGCGCGGCCAAUGAUUACCUCCGACAACAAUCCAUCAUGCAGAACGAGGUGAUCUUUAGCCGAGAAGGCCUGACACUGCUCAACGUCGACCGCAUCUACACCUUCAAGCGCCGACUGUGCAUCCUCACCAACCGAGGAGUCGACCCCGAAGAGUCAUACAUCACCUCCUGCACGCAGCUCCUUCAUCGCACCAUCCAAGACUUCCACGGUCGGCCUUUCAGCAAGGCCUUCUUCCACCGCGUCUACGAGCAACUGAAUGUAUCCGACGAGCUCCUCACCCGCGUGGCUGACACGUACAAGAAGCAAUACAACGAUGACGGCAUCAUCCUUCCCCCGCAGCCCAAGGCCGAGCCUCCACGAAAGGUCGAACAGCUUCGCAAGGCCGAGGGACCGCGCAAGUCACCGCUCCGGUCCACUCGUGCGUUGCGCCGGCAGGGUCCUCCGCCCACCAAAUAUGUGCUCCCCGGCAAACGCGGCCCCAAGACACCCUUGUCCGCGUCGGACGUCACGCCAAUCACGCAGAAUGAGUGGAACAUGGUCAUCGGGCCGGAGUUCCCUCACCAGGCCAAGGCGACGGUUACCAAGUGGACUCCGUCACCCACUGUCAUGGCGGCUGCGUGA